CGUUUUGUUCCUCUGUUGUCUGCAUGUGUCAGCUGGGAUUUUCUGCCAAAUCAGCGGAGUGAUUUUUCGCGAAUUUUAAACUUUGUAGAGCCCCUUUCUUAUCCGGAGACCUGGAUUUUACGGCCAAAAUCCUUAAACCAAGUUAACUAUGUCCGGAUGAGAGAAUUAAUCCACACAAAGUAAACGAAACUGAAAACUGUUAAGGUUUUAGGCUCCGUUUGCGACAGUAAGUUAACUGGACCCUGAGGAUGUUCACGGAGUUAAAUGCUACUUGAUUGCUACUGGUAAAAAUGGGAAAGAAAAGGGGGAAGGACAAGAGCUCCAGAGAGGACGAUGACAUUGACCUGACAGGUCCAUCCUGCAGGCAUAUCAAGAAGGGAACAGACCAAACUCUUCUUAAGAAACUCUCUGGCAAUUCGGAUUGGACGAGUUGCCAGGAUUGUAAGCAUGAAGAAAAUAAAGAAAAUGUCAGCAUGCCUGUGCUUCAGGACCCUGAAGAGGAACAAGAAAUGGCACCUGUAUGGAUGUGUUUGAAAUGUGGCCAUAGAGGAUGUGGACGAAACUCAGAGAACCAGCAUGCCAUCAAACAUUAUGAGACUCCGCGGUCGGAUCCACAUUGUCUAGUGAUCAGUUUGGACAACUGGAGUGUAUGGUGUUACAUAUGUGAUGAUGUAGUCCAGUACUCCAGAACUGGACAUUUGGCUCAGCUGGUGACCAACCUAAAAAAGCAGACCUCUGUAGAUCCCGUGAAGAGACCACAGAAAGGAGUGAAGGAGGAAGACAGUUUGUUAGAAGUUGAUCAGAAGACAGAGACUGUAAGAACGGAGGACAGUGAAGACAAGGAAAACAAAGAAAAUAAGGACCAGCAAAAGAAAAAUGCAAAGAAAGAGAGUGCUGCGAAAUCACACAAGUCUGGCACAUCUGAAGAUAGUGGUGGUGUUUCAGUAAAGGGGCUGAGCAACCUGGGAAAUACGUGUUUCUUCAAUGCAGUAAUUCAGAAUCUCUCUCAAACACAGCUCUUAAGACAGACUCUCAACAAAGUGACAGAAGAGAACAUGGGUGUUAACAUUAAACCCAAUGCCUCCUCGGAUUUGGAGCCUAUUGUAAUGCAGUUAGACCAGCCUGGAUCCCUGACUUUGGCUAUGUGUCAACUACUCAUUGAGAUCCAGGAAUCCAAGAAGGGUGUGGUAACACCGCGGGAGUUGUUCACGCAAGUUUGCAAAAAGGCUGCCAGGUUCAAAGGAUUUCAGCAGCAAGAUAGCCAGGAGCUGCUGCGCUACCUUCUGGAUGGGAUGCGGGCUGAGGAGAUCAAAAGAGUAAGCUCUGGGAUCAUGGAGGCAUUGAAAUUAUCUAGAAAAGGCACAGAUGGAGAGCAGCUGAAAACACUGGUCAAAGAAUACGAGAAAAAUGGUGUUCCAAAAAACUUUGUGGACCAAGUUUUUAGUGGGGAAAUGACCAGCACUAUAAUGUGUCAGCAGUGUAAAACGGUGUCUGUAGUCACCGAGAUGUUUUUGGAUCUUUCCCUUCCUGUUUCUGAUGAGGCAUACAGAAAGAAGAACCAGAAAAAAGCAGUUCAGAAGACCAGUGAGUCAAGCCAGGAAGGCAGAAACAGCCCUGCUUUGACAAAUAGGAAUGAUGACAUGCCCACCGGGUCUAGCAGCAAGUACCAGCAGAAGAAAGCCAAGAAGCAGGCAAAGAAGCAGGCAAAGCAUCAAAAGAGGCAGCAGAAGAUUGAGGGCAGAGCCACUUUGGACAGUCUCUCGUCUCAGAGCCACACAAAGAGUGAACAGACCGAUCCUACCGGAGAUGCAAAGGAUGGGGAAAAUGCUGACACUGAAAUAAAUGAAGAAACCUCCCAAAGUGAAGGAAAUCCUGCACAAAUCAGUGUAACUGAUCAGGACCAGGAGAACCAUGACACAGUCCAGGAUGAGGAGAAACAAGAAGAGGAUGAGGACGAGGUGAUCAACUGUGACUCAUCAGCGACGUCAUCAGUCAGCAACCGCUUUACCAUCUUAUCAGAGGGGCAGCACUUAAUGGACGGCAUUGUAGCUGAUGAUAAAGUAUCUGACAUGGAUCAGGAAGAAGAAGAGGAAACGCAGCUGGUGGGUGAGAUGGAGAAGGUAACCCUGGAUGAUGCCUUUAUAGAAGACUCUAAUGCUGUGGAACAAAGCAUGGAGAGUGAAGAUGAGCCACUUGAGACCAAAGAGUACACUGUUGUAAGUGAGGACCCAGAGCUGGCCUUCCACACACUGGCUACCAGGACGACCCCUGAGAAACAGGAGUGUUCGGUCCAAUCAUGCCUUUUUCAGUUCACAGAGGUGGAAACUCUCACACAGAACAACAGCCUGCUAUGUGUCACCUGCACUAAACGGCAGCCAAGCAGAGACAAACCCAGAGGAUCCAAGAAGAAUAUUUACACUGAUGCUCUGAAGCAAAUGCUGAUCUCCUCACCCCCACCAGUGCUAACCCUUCAUUUGAAGAGAUUUCAACAGAAUGGAUACAGUAUUUGUAAGGUGAACAGACAUGUCCAGUUCCCCCUGAUACUGGAUCUAGCUCCCUUUUGUGCGGUUAAAUGCAAGAACUUGACAGAGGGAGAUACUCAUAUUUUGUACAGUUUGUACGGUAUUGUAGAGCACAGUGGAACAAUGAGGUCAGGUCAUUACACAGCGUAUGUGAAAGCACGACCUGAGUGCCCUAAACCCUCAUCCAACGGACUUGCAGCUGAAGGCCCUGCAGAGCCACCCAGAGGAUCCUGGUUCCAUAUCAGCGACACAAGUGUUCAGCCUGUGAGCGAGAGUAAAGUCCAGAGUUGCCAAGCCUACCUCCUCUUCUAUGAAAGAAUCCUCUAAUCGAUCGGUGCCUCAUCUCUCAGGAAAUCUAAACAAACAAACCAACCUACUGCUGCUGCUUCAGCUCCAUAGUAUAAGGGAUCUCAAACAGUUAACCAAUCAGCAUUGUCAGUGACUCAAACUGGACUGAAAUGAAAUGAUAUCAAUUAUGCGGAAGGGAUAUUUGACAGUGUUGACAUUUUCAUCACAGUGGUGUCACGCAGUGUUUCAUGUAUUAAACAGGACCAGCUGUAUGUUUCUCACACCCAUGAGAAAAUGGCAAGGUGUGCAAUGAAAGUCAAGAUGGACAUUGAACGGAUAAUUAUGUUGGAAUUUGUUGCAAAAAUCUGUUUCAGGAGAUAAAUGAAUGUUGGAAAAAAAUAA